CGAGCCCCGCCAGCGCCGCACGAGUCGACGAGCCCAGCGAGCGAGCCGUAGCACAUCCUUCGCGUUCUCGAGCCCCGCCCACUGCUAAUUUAUUCUCUGCAUCGCUCACCUUCCUCCAUGAAAUGCCCCGCGCCAACUCGUCCAGCGGCCCCUCGACUCUUCGAAACCGCAACCGUGUCACUAACAAGACUCGUCUUCGCAUCGUCCAGGGAUCCAUUGAUGCUGAUCCCCUGGGCUUCGACGAGGACGAGGAGAAGGUCCGUGUCGUCUCGACUGCCGGCGUCGAUGCUGAGGAUGCCAACGAACACCAUCUCCAAGCUGUGCUUUCCGCUGCCGCCCGGCAUUCAGCGUCGGUGCAGCGCCCCACGCGAGGAGCGGCGGCAUCGGCCCCGGCAGCGCCAGACAGGGCAGCAUACAUUCCCAUCCCGGACAGCACCGGCACGGUCGAUAACUACGAAGAGCUCUAUCCUACCUCGAAAUGGACAGAUCCCCACCAUUAUCUUAAGACAUCGGAGUGCGUCGAGGAAUCCAUCUCGGACGCCCUUGCCAAUGGCUUCACAUAUUAUAUGGAUGAGCGAGACAAAGAUUGGCUAGACAAGAACAACGAGGAGGCGCGUGGCGAGGGCACCUCUGCCCAGGGCGCUCUCUCUACGGCUGGGACCGCCACACGCACGUCCCAACGGAGUGCAAAGGCAAAGGGAAAGGAACCAGAUGUACCACAGCCAGUGGUCAUGACAGAGGAUGAGCUUGAGCUCGUCAUGGGCCUCUUCGAGAAGGUAACUAACGAAAAGACCGCCUACCUCCAUCAUGGUCUCGAAUCCGGAGGUCAUUUCCCUCCAUUUUCAGAUUAUCAAGACACCUUCGCAUCGCCGUUACCCCCCGAUACCUUUGCUGCUUUUGUUGUCCCGUCAUGGAUCCCUCCGCCACCACAAAUGCUCCGUUACGCCAAGCUUGUCUACUCUUACUGGAAAGAGCGCCGGAUCGAACGCGGUGGCCACAGAGUUAUCCCUGCGCUGAAUUACGACGAGGCCGACACACAGAACGAAUCUUAUGUUUGUUUCCGCCGACGAGACGUCAAGGCCAUUCGUAAAACUCGUGCUGCUCAGGCUUCGUCAUCAGAGAAGCUCGUAAGGCUUCAGCAGGAGCUUCUAAUGACCCAAGAACUGGCUGUGGCGACUAAUAAUCGCGAAACCAUCAAACGAGAAGCAGUGCGCCACGGGAGGGCAGUUUGGGAGAUACGCGAGAAUAUGGCUAGUAUGAAGCGGAAGUUUCCUGCUCUGGGCGUCAAGGAGGAUGAAGAAAUGUUUUUCGACAAGGAACGUCAGCCACCGAAGAAACCAAAACCAGCACAACUCUCGAUUCGCAUCAAGCCUUCUGCCGCAGACAACCUUCCAGCCAUGGAGACUCCUAUGCGACCGAAGGACCGGGUGGCGGCCAUUCAGAGCGAAAUCGAACGAGGAGUCCUACAGAUCAAGGCGACCAAUUCGUAUUGGGAGGACGGUAUCGACAAUCCUCACCAGCCGGACCCCGUCGGACUCUCAGGUCGAUAUUGGUGUCCUACUAUCACUCCUCCAACCUCUUCUGACUCCCAGGACGAGUCGCCGCGACACUAUCGUGCAGUACGGAUGAGACGUGGUCGCGGUGGCGUCGUACGAGUGGAUCGCCGAGGGCUCCCUCCAAGAGGGUCUCGACAAGACGACGAGGAGGAGUUUUUGCGCCGACCUCGUCUGCGACACUCUGAGGACUCGUCCGAUGAAGAUUCUGCGGAGGAACGAGAGCGUGCUCGAAGGAUAACUGAACGGUGGCGCUAUGAUCACGACGACGAACCGCCCGUCGGUCCUGAUGGCCCUGACGAGCAAGACCGGGUACUGGUCGACAAUUAUUCUCCCGAGUAUUUGCGUCAUACUAUGUCGAUUUUACGUCCCGAUGACCACCAGAGGCUCAGCACCGACUCAACGCUCUUCCUUAAGGGUGCCAACGGCCAGACACAAGCCGUUGCGCCAAUUACUAGAUUCGCGAACUACAACAUGACCCGUGCUCCCGGCCGUCCCAUGGCUCCCCCUGCCGUCCCGAAUACCGCCUACCAGAAUCAGCAACAACAGAUGCAGCAACCUCGACCAGCUCACGAAGCCGGUGUUGCCUUGUCUAUGCCGCAGGCUGGCGGAACGCCAAUCUCGAUGCAGGCUCAAAUGAAGAAAUCCAUGAAUGUUCCGCAAGUUCGCCUCUCGUCGAAUGGAGGGAUGCGUUCCGGUUCAACACCUGGCAUCGCUCAAUCCGACGGCCAGGGCGCCCAAUUGUCUCCGCCACAUCCCUCUUCCGCUUCUGCUCCUCCGAUGGUGAACGGUCACAAUGCCACCCACACGCCCACGCACAUUUCUCACGACAUGUCCACAUCGUCAGCUCCUGUCGCUGACGGUAGCCUCCCCGCCUCCGCCUCCUCUGCGUCACCCGUCUCCGCUCACGCGAACCCUGCCCAUAAUAUCCCUAUGCAACUCAAGCCACCAAACCCGCACCACGCCAUUACCAUGCCGAACGGAUAUCAUAUGAACGGGUUCUCGUCGAACGCUAUGCAGAAUGGAGCGCAGAGUUACCCCGCGUACCCCAAUAUGCAGGGUCUGACCAUACAACAGAUGCAGGCUCUCAAGCAGUUCGCAGCCACGCAUGGGGGUCAGCAGCAGCAGGAUUUAGGAGGUAAUGGUGGCGCUGCGGGCAUGCCGUCGACGAAUGGAUCGAGACCUGCGGCGUACAUGGGCCACGUCGCUCCUAACGGGGCGAAUUACAACCUUCCAUUGGCUCACGGAGUCAACGUCAACACGAAUCAUAACCUCACUCAGCAGCAGCAACAGCAGCAGCAGAGCCAGGGAAUGCGGAUGGGCGCCGGGAUGAACUUGGACCUUAAGCUUCCUGCCUCUCGCCAGAUGCAAUGGGCGGCCUCGCAACAGCCCCAGCAGUCUGCGCCUGUGGGUGAUAUGAACGGCAAUGGGAUCCAGGGUGGGAUGAGGAGGACUUCGUCCGGGAACCUCAGUCAUGGACAUCUCUCGGCGUCGCCGCACCUUACGCCACAGGUGCAAGGCAGAGUCUCACCUGCGGCUCUUGCUGCCGGUGCAGCCCACGGAGCCCAUGGGAUCUCGAUGUCACAUUCGAUGUCGCCGCAUUUGCAGAAUCGGAGUCCCGCGAACGUGUCACUUGGAAUGGGAGGACAGGGACAGCAAUCGCCACCGAGGCCGGGCCAGGGUAUUAUGUCGUCGCCUUCCUUGCAGCAUCAGCAUCAGCCGGUGAAUGGUUCGGGCUCGACGGGGACCUAUUGAGUUCCCUAGUUGCGUUCGAGCUUCGUCUCCCGAGUCUCAUGCACCCCUUCAGCUCAUGCCUUUCCGAUGUCUUCAUAUACCGUUACUUUUAUCCUCUGACUUUUCUUUUCAACUCUCCACUCCUCAGUUGCCGUUAUUCUCAUCUUUUCUAUCGAUUGAUUAUGAACGCUCCCGCUUUCCCCUGUUUAUUCUUGUUUUCCAGAUGCGUAACAUCUUCUCAGUCCUUCUUUUUCUAUGUUUUUUUUGUCUUUUUUUGCCAAUUAUGUGUAGUAUACAUAUCGCCCUUUCCUUUCUCCCUUUACGCUCAUCGAGGCUUUUUCUUCUUCUCGCGUAGCCCCCUUCUACUUACGUCCUCGUCGUUGC